GCUCAUAUUUAGCUAAAAGUCAAUGUGUACAUUUUUUUCACAUCCGCAGUUUGGUGAUUAGCAAAUGUAUAUAUCAUUAAGCCGUAAAUAGAACACUCCGCUGGGAUAACGUUUAUUCAGUGCGUUUGGGAGUGCCUGUGACUCCUCUUUAGGUCGAGUUCGCACCGGCUCAUUGCAUCGGCAACAACAAUUCGCAGCUUCCUAGUCCCACCCACACCCAAACAAGAAGAAAAAAAACUAUGGCACGCCCAAUUUUUCCAAAUCAGCAGAAAAUAGCUGAGAAACUAAUUAUAUUAAAUGAUCGCGGCCUGGGCAUACUGACUAGAAUUUACAAUAUCAAGAAGGCAUGUGGAGACACAAAAUCCAAACCAGGAUUCCUAUCGGAAAAGUCCCUUGAAUCGAGCAUUAAAUUCAUUGUCAAGCGGUUCCCCAACAUUGAUGUGAAGGGUUUGAAUGCCAUAGUCAAUAUUAAGGCGGAGAUAAUCAAAUCUUUAUCACUCUAUUAUCACACAUUUGUGGACUUGCUUGACUUUAAGGACAAUGUCUGUGAGCUAUUGACCACAAUGGAUGCUUGCCAAAUCCAUUUGGAUAUAACAUUGAACUUUGAAUUGACCAAAAACUACUUGGACUUAGUGGUCACUUAUGUGUCUCUUAUGAUCGUUCUGUCUCGCGUUGAGGAUCGCAAGGCCGUGCUGGGUUUAUAUAAUGCAGCGUAUGAAUUGCAGCACAAUCAGGCCGAUACGGGAUUCCCCCGAUUGGGUCAGAUGAUAUUGGACUAUGAAGUACCGCUUAAAAAAUUGGCUGAAGAGUUCAUUCCUCACCAGCGACUCCUGACAAAUGCCCUACGCUCUUUGACUGCGAUUUAUGGUCUGAGAAAUCUAUCUGCCGACAAGUGGAGAGAGACGCAGAAGCUCAGUUUGGUCGGGAAUCCAGCUAUCUUGCUGAAAGCGGUACGGACAGACACCAUGUCCUGUGAAUACAUUUCCCUGGAGGCUAUGGAUCGUUGGAUUAUAUUCGGUCUGCUGUUGAAUCAUCAAAUGCUUGGUCAAUAUCCCGAGGUGAAUAAGAUGUGGCUAUCGGCUCUAGAAUCCAGUUGGGUGGUGGCUCUAUUCCGCGAUGAAGUUCUACAAAUUCAUCAAUAUAUCCAAUCAACCUUUGAUGGCAUCAAAGGCUACAGCAAGCGGAUUAGUGAGGUAAAGGAGGCAUAUAACACGGCAGUUCAGAAGGCCGCUCUAAUGCAUCGCGAGAGACGGAAAUUCCUCCGCACCGCCCUUAAGGAAUUGGCCCUGAUUAUGACCGAUCAGCCAGGUUUGCUGGGACCGAAAGCCAUUUUUAUUUUCAUUGGCUUGUGCUUGGCUCGUGACGAGAUCCUUUGGCUGCUGCGGCACAAUGAUAAUCCACCCUUGGUUAAGCAUAAGGGUAAAAGCAAUGAAGAUCUGGUGGAUCGCCAGCUGCCAGAGCUACUCUUUCACAUGGAAGAGCUGCGCGCUCUGGUGCGCAAAUAUAGCCAAGUGAUGCAACGAUAUUAUGUGCAAUAUCUGUCGGGUUUCGAUGCCACCGAUCUGAAUAUACGCAUGCAGAGCCUACAGAUGUGCCCCGAGGAUGAGAGCAUUAUAUUCAGUUCGCUCUACAACACAGCCGCUCAAUUGACUGUCAAGCAGGUCGAGGAUAAUGAAUUGUUCUAUUUUAGACCAUUCCGUUUGGAUUGGUUCCGUCUGCAGACCUAUAUGAGUGUGGGCAAAGCAGCGCUGAGGAUUGCCGAGCACGCCGAAUUGGCACGCCUCUUGGAUUCGAUGGUUUUUCACACACGUGUCGUGGACAAUCUUGAUGAAAUCCUGGUGGAGACUUCCGAUUUAAGCAUCUUUUGUUUCUAUAACAAAAUGUUUGAUGAUCAAUUCCAUAUGUGCCUGGAAUUCCCAGCACAGAAUCGUUAUAUUAUUGCCUUUCCCUUGAUUUGCAGUCACUUUCAGAACUGCACACACGAAAUGUGUCCCGAGGAGAGGCAUCACAUACGCGAGAGAUCGCUGAGUGUGGUCAACAUAUUCCUAGAGGAAAUGGCCAAGGAGGCCAAGAAUAUCAUAACGACAAUAUGCGAUGAACAAUGCACCAUGGCCGAUGCUCUAUUGCCCAAGCAUUGUGCCAAAAUUCUGUCUGUCCAGUCGGCCAGAAAGAAAAAAGAUAAGAACAAAUCCAAACACUUUGACGACAUACGCAAACCAGGCGAUGAAUCUUAUAGAAAGACUCGUGAGGAUCUUACCACCAUGGACAAAUUGCAUAUGGCACUGACAGAGCUAUGCUAUGCUAUAAAUUAUUGCCCCACUGUGAAUGUUUGGGAAUUUGCGUUUGCGCCGCGGGAAUAUCUCUGCCAGAAUUUGGAGCAUCGAUUCUCCAGGGAUUUAGUGGGCAUGGUUAUGUUCAAUCAGGAGACAAUGGAGAUAGCUAAACCCUCGGAACUGUUGGCCAGCGUGCGGGCCUAUAUGAAUGUGUUGCAAACAGUUGAGAACUAUGUUCAUAUAGACAUUACGAGAGUGUUCAACAAUUGCCUACUCCAGCAAACGCAGGCCCUGGAUUCGCAUGGCGAGAAGACUAUAGCUGCUCUAUACAACACUUGGUACAGUGAGGUGCUCUUGAGGAGAGUCUCAGCUGGCAAUAUUGUGUUCUCGAUCAAUCAGAAAGCAUUUGUACCCAUCUCCCCGGAGGGUUGGGUACCCUUUAAUCCCCAAGAGUUCUCUGAUUUGAAUGAGCUGCGAGCCUUGGCUGAAUUGGUAGGACCCUAUGGCAUUAAGACCCUAAAUGAAACCCUCAUGUGGCACAUAGCAAAUCAGGUGCAAGAGCUGAAAUCCCUCGUGGGCACCAAUAAGGAAGUUCUCAUCACCCUACGCACCAGUUUCGAUAAACCCGAAGUGAUGAAGGAGCAAUUCAAACGCCUUCAAGAUGUCGAUCGUGUACUUCAACGCAUGACCAUUAUAGGUGUAAUCAUUUGCUUCCGUAAUCUAGUUCAUGAGGCUCUCGUUGAUGUGCUGGACAAACGCAUUCCGUUCUUACUCAGCUCGGUUAAGGAUUUCCAAGAGCAUUUACCUGGAGGCGAUCAAAUUCGUGUGGCCUCUGAAAUGGCCUCAGCAGCAGGCCUGCUGUGCAAAGUUGAUCCCACAUUGGCCACCACUCUGAAGUCAAAGAAACCCGAAUUUGAUGAGGGUGAACAUCUGACAGCAUGCCUACUCAUGGUCUUUGUGGCUGUUUCUAUACCAAAGUUGGCACGCAAUGAAAACUCCUUUUAUCGGGCUACCAUUGAUGGCCAUUCGAAUAAUACUCACUGCAUGGCAGCGGCCAUUAAUAAUAUUUUUGGAGCCCUUUUCACCAUAUGUGGACAGAACGAUAUGGAGGAUCGCAUGAAGGAGUUUUUGGCCUUGGCCAGUUCAUCGUUGCUACGUUUAGGCCAGGAGUCGGACAAAGAGGCCACACGGAAUCGUGAAUCCAUCUAUUUGCUGCUCGACGAGAUUGUCAAACAAUCACCAUUCCUCACCAUGGAUCUGCUUGAGUCCUGUUUCCCCUAUGUCUUGAUACGAAAUGCCUAUCAUGGCGUUUAUAAACAGGAACAAAUCUUAGGACUGGGUCUCUAGAUUAUCGUUAUUGGAUUAUCGCGUCACGUAUUAUUAUAUAGAUGUCUAUCAAACAAAGUAUUUUGUUUUAUUUUUUUUAUAUAUACAUAUAUUCGAUUAUUUCACUACUCGAAACAGUUACACAUGCCCAUUAAUUAUAUGUACUAAAGAGUAAUCUAAAUCUAUACUAGAGAACUCCACAUUUUUAUACCAUUAAGAAUAAAGUGCUUACGUAAACCAAA